ACUGUGAUGUCGAGGGCGGCGUCGGGGCGGCCCAGCCGCCCGGUCCCCUCCGGCCUCACACGCUCACCGCGACCCGGGCAGAGUGGACUCCGGGACCCGGCACGGUCGUCGCCAUGCGCGAAUGUAUCUCGAUCCACGUGGGCCAAGCCGGAGUCCAAAUCGGCAAUGCCUGCUGGGAGCUCUUCUGCCUGGAGCACGGCGUCCAGGCCGACGGCUCCUUCAACAACCAGGCCGGCAAGAUGAAUCACGACGACUCCUUCACCACCUUCUUCAGUGAGACCGGCACGGGCAAGAAUGUGCCGCGGGCCAUCAUGGUGGACUUGGAGACCACAGUUGUAGAUGAAAUCCGAGCGGGCACCUACCGCCAUCUUUUCCACCCGCAACAGCUGAUCACGGGCAAGGAGGACGCGGCCAACAACUACGCCCGUGGCCACUACACCAUCGGCAAAGACAACAUUGACUUAGUGCUGGACCGCAUCCGCAAACUGACGGAUGCCUGUUGUGGGCUGCAAGGCUUCCUGAUUUUCCACAGUUUUGGGGGCGGCACCGGCUCCGGCUUCACCUCCCUGCUCAUGGAGAGACUCUCCCUGGACUACGGCAAGAAGUCCAAGCUGGAAUUCGCCAUCUACCCGGCCCCGCAGGUGUCCACGGCCGUGGUGGAGCCCUACAAUUCCAUCCUGACCACCCACACCACCCUGGAGCACUCGGACUGUGCCUUCAUGGUGGAUAACGAGGCCAUCUACGACAUCUGCCGCCGGAACCUGGACAUCGAGCGCCCCACCUACACCAACCUGAACCGCCUCAUCAGCCAGAUCGUCUCAUCCAUCACCGCCUCUCUGCGCUUCGACGGGGCCCUCAACGUGGACCUGACCGAGUUCCAGACCAACCUGGUGCCCUACCCCCGCAUCCAUUUCCCGCUGGUCACCUACGCGCCCAUCAUCUCCUCGGAGAAGGCCUUCCACGAGCAGCUGUCGGUAUCCGAGAUCACCAACGCCUGUUUUGAGCCCAAUAAUCAGAUGGUCAAGUGCGACCCCCGGCACGGCAAGUACAUGGCCUGCUGCAUGCUCUACCGGGGCGACGUGGUGCCCAAGGAUGUCAACGUGGCCAUCGCCGCCAUUAAGACCAAGAGGACCAUCCAGUUCGUGGACUGGUGCCCAACGGGCUUCAAGGUGGGCAUCAACUACCAGGCCCCUACCGUGGUGCCCGGGGGAGACCUGGCCAAAGUACAACGGGCCGUCUGUAUGCUGAGCAACACCACGGCCAUAGCUGAGGCCUGGGCCCGGCUGGACCACAAGUUUGACCUGAUGUAUGCUAAGAGGGCCUUCGUGCACUGGUACGUCGGCGAGGGCAUGGAGGAGGGCGAGUUUUCAGAGGCCAGAGAGGACCUGGCGGCUUUGGAGAAAGACUAUGAAGAAGUGGGCACUGACUCCUUUGAAGAAGAAAAUGAAGGAGAGGAGUUUUAAAUACAGGUGUCUUUUAGGUCUUA